CCUCGGCCUCUUCUGUAGAAGGGGCGCCCCUUGGAUCUGCCUCUAGGUGCUGGCCAGCUUCAAGGCUGCCGUUCACGGCUUUGGGACCUGUUCUGGCAUGGAUGUACCCCAGACGCUCAGAAUGCCAUUCCUGAUUGCCAAAGGUCCAAAAGCGAAAGAGGCUGGGAGGACAAAAAGAGGGUCGGCCGCAUCUCCUGCUCUGCAUUGCAGUGCCUUGCAUAUCAUGGCCUGCAGUCCAGAAAGCGCUUCAAGCAUGACUGUUGAGUGUGUGUGUGUGUGUGUAACGCCAGCAAAGCAGGAGAUUCGCAAGGAGGGACCCUGAUCAGCGCUCAUGCGCUGCCGCCAGUGCACGACCAGCACAGCG